AUGGCUACCACAAGGACGCCGCUUCGUCCGUUAUUUAGGGCGUUUCAGCUUCCGAGAUUGAGGCAGCCAUGGAGCUGUGCAUCCAGUAGGCAUCGCUGGACAAUUCCCCGGCGCGGAGUUGCAACUACGCCGCAAAAGUCCAGCAAACCCUACUAUGUGACGACGCCGAUUUUCUACGUCAAUGCCGCUCCUCACGUCGGUCAUCUUUAUACCAUGGUUAUCGCCGAUAUCAUGAAACGGUGGCAGGUCUUGCUUGGGAACACGGAUGCUCAACUAUUGACUGGAACCGAUGAGCAUGGAAUGAAGAUUCAACAAGCUGCUCAGCAAGCGGGCAUGGAUACACAGGCAUUUUGCGACAUGAACUGCCGAACGUUCGAGUCCCUAGCGAAGGCUGCAAACCUCGACAAUGAUCAUUUCAUCAGAACCACCGACCCGGCGCAUCGGGAUGCCGUCCAGUAUUUCUGGGAAAUGUUACAACAUCGAGGGUAUAUCUAUGCAUCGAAGCACGAAGGCUGGUACUCGGUUAGCGACGAGACAUUCUAUCCACAGACGCAAGUGCAGAACUCCCUAGACCCAUCAACAGGAAGGAAACGCAUGGUCUCAAUAGAGACUGGCAAAGAGGUAGAGUGGACCUCAGAAACCAACUAUCACUUCCGACUUUCAGCCUUCAAAGAUCGCCUACUUGAGUUGUACAAGAGAGAAGAUCCGUUCAUUUCCCCUACAUCGUACACAGCUGCUGUGGUCAACUCCGUUGAGACGGGACUGCAGGAUCUCUCCAUUUCCAGGCCAGUGGAACGUCUGACCUGGGGUAUCCCUGUUCCCGGUGAUGAUACGCAGACAAUCUACGUGUGGCUGGAUGCGCUGGUCAACUACCUGACCAAAGCCGGAUAUCCUUUCCCGCCAGGCCAGGACAACAAAUCUGUAUGGCCUGCUGAUCUGCAUAUAGUUGGUAAGGAUAUUGUUCGCUUCCACUGUGUCUAUUGGCCUGCAUUCCUCAUGGCGCUUGACAUUCCCCUACCCCGGAAUGUCCUCGUGCACGGACAUUGGACGAUGAACCGCGAAAAGAUGUCCAAGUCCACGGGCAAUGUUGUGAACCCGUUUUUCGCCAUUGAACGGUUCGGAGUCGACGGAAUGCGAUUUUUCCUAGCUUAUCAGGGUGGUCUUUCAGAUGAUGCGGAUUUUGACAAUUCCUAUAUCAUCCGAGAUUACAAGAAAUUGCUUCAGGGGGGCAUCGGGAACCUUGCUCAGCGCACAAUUGGAUGCGCGCGUGGCAAUUUGCGCUCAUACAUUAUGGAUGCCGGAGCGGAUAAGCUCCCGUCUGCCACGCCUGAGGACCUUGAGCACCAGGAAUUAUUGGAGCAGACCCCGACCAAGGUUGCCGAGCAUAUGGGGAACCUGAACCCCCGCGCGGCACUGCGGGAGACUAUGAUAAUAAUCGAGAAGACUAACAAAUACUUCCAUGCGGCGGAGCCGUGGAAAAGUCCCAACCCUCAACGGACUCUCUACAACGUGGCGGAAUCGCUGCGGAUCGCUGGCAUUUUAUUGCAACCUUUCAUGCCCGGCAAGUCUCAUGAUCUUCUAGAUAUGCUUCGUGUAGAUGCCUCGGACCCCUCCAAACGAGCAUUCGCAGCCACGGCGUACGGUUCAGAUCCAGAUUACGGUGAAGGCGUUAAGAAGGGAAUACUUUUCCCUCCUUUACUUACUGAGGAGUAA